AUGGAGGGGCUGCAGGUGUGGCUCAGCAGCCAAGCAUUCUCUACUUGUGAGCAUGUCUCAGUGGUGGAGCCCCUGCCUAGCAUCCCCCGGGUCUCGGGCCAGCUGGACGUCCUGUUCACUGGGCGCUGCGCGGAGCUGCAGAUCCACCUCACCGAGGCCACGGCCAAGACUGUUGAGCAGAAGGAGCUGAUUGCCCGCCUAGAGCAGGACCUCAGCACCAUCCAGUCCAUCCAGCGCCCUGACGCGGAGGGAGCUUCUGAGCAAGGCCUGGAGAAGAUUCCAGAACCCAUCAAGGAGGCCACGGCCCUGUUCUAUGGAUCUUCAGUGUCAACCAGUGGGACUCUUCCAGAAGGUCAGGUGGACUCCCUACUUUCCAUCAUCUCCAGCCAGAGGGAACGUUUCCGCACCCGGAACCAAGAGCUGGAGGCUGAGAGCCGAAUGGCCCAGCACACCAUCCAGGCCCUGCAGAGUGAGCUGGACAGCCUGCGUGCAGACAACAUCAAGCUUUUUGAGAAGAUCAAGUUCUUGCAAAGUUACCCUGGCCGGGGUAGCGGCAGCGAUGACACGGAGAUGCGGUACUCUUCCCAGUACGAGGAGCGUCUGGAUCCUUUCUCCUCCUUCAGCAAGAGGGAGCGGCAGAGGAAGUACUUAGGCCUGAGCCCCUGGGACAAGGCUACACUAGGCAUGGGGCGUCUGAUUCUCUCCAACAAAAUGGCCCGCACCAUCGGCUUCUUCUACACCUUGUUCCUGCACUGCCUGGUCUUUCUGGUGCUGUACAAGCUGGCAUGGAGUGAAAGCGUGGAGAGAGACUGUGCUGCCACCUGCGCCAAGAAGUUUGCCGAUCAUCUGCACAAAUUCCACGAGAGUGACAACGCGGCAGCAGCUGGUGACUUAUGGCAGUGACACCCAGGCUCACCCAAGAUGUGCUGGCUGCAUCCCCUACUCUGCUUGAUCAGCUGCUUCUAAUGACGUAGCCUACCCCCUCCCCCCCAAAAAAAUGGUGGAAACUGUCUCUGUCUCUGAAUUCAGCCAAGAGAUGCCCAGACCCUCAAGAACACCUUUCGAAGGUCCAGCCUCACUGGACCCCAGGCUCAAACAAUCCCUAGCACCCAGCUAUGCUGGGGACUCUGAGGCUCCGCCCUCAGCCCAGUCACCUGACCCAGGCUCCACCCACACCAGAACCUCCAGCCCUGGUAGCAGAGCUUUCUGACUGAUACAGACUGUCACCACCCACUCUGACAUUCCUGUAGGCUCCCUUAGGACCCCACCUGCACCCCCAAAACAUAUGGGAGGCCCUUCUAGGCCAGCAGGCUUUUCAUCUGCCCUAUUCCUGGUGGGGGGGCGAGGACAGGGGGUGGGUUUGAUAAAACUUCACCGCCAUCCCCAAGACAGGAAGCUCCACAGAGGGCAGGAUAGUUUCCACUACCCUUCCCUGCACCCAGUCCAUGAUUUGAGUUCUGCUUACUUCUUCAGCAAGGUAUUCUGGUUUCUAGAAGAGGAAGUCUCUGCAACAAGGCCCCUGUGCUUCAGGCACCUCAGACCAGGGUCUGAGAGGCCUGGCAGAACUUGUCCUGGGCCACCAGAGCAAGGCCACCUCUCAGGGCCACAGGCAGAUCUUCCUCAGCUGGGCUUGAUCUUUUGUUUCUUCAGCUUUGCAUGUUUGAAAUAAAGAAUGAUGGCAGCCACA